AUUGAAGAUUGCAUUGGUUAAGCAGUUUGUUAAAUUUGCAAAGUGAUUAAUUUAAUUUACUUAUUGUUACCUUAUGUCAUAAUCUUUUCGAAGAGUAGCAAUGGCGUCGGCCAGUACACCUGGGACGUCAACUUCCGCUGCUGCUGCUGCUGCAAGUACGCGAAAAACAUCUGGUGACAGUGAUGAGGGUCCACCCCCCAGAAAAAUUCACAAAAUCAUGUUUGAACCCAAACGUCUCGUCUCCGUGUCCACCCUUGAAGACAUGGACGCAAUUAUUGCAAAAUUUCAAAUCGCCAAAAUUCGCGAACGUCUUGAAGCUCGAACUAAAGAGGAAAACGAACUUCGCCUUCGAAUUGAACAAUUAGAAAAACGACAAACACAAGACGACGCUGUUCUUAAUGUUGUGAAUCGAUACUGGAAUCAGUUGAAUGAAGACAUCCGUAUUAUGCUGCAACGUUUCGACACAGAGACGAGUGAUGAGAUUGAGUCCAACAAUGAAAAUGCCGCCACAACUUCAUUUCUCUCUGAAAUGGCGAAAUAUGACAAGAACGAAUUGGAUGAAAAACUGGCGAAAAAAGUACAAGUCUCUACUCGAGCUGUUACGAAGAUGGUGCAAGCUUUCGACCGAUUAUUCCAGCGAAGUGAAAAGAUUUCCGCUAUUCUCAAAGCGGACGUUGAUGCGGACACGCCAGCACCAAUUGCACAACUGGAUGAGAAAAUUAAGCAGGAAUAUAUCCAAUUUUUAGAAAAAAAUAAGCAAAUGCAGUUAUCAAAUACGUCACUGCACACUAAAUUCAGAACAAUGUCACUCCAGAUGAAGGAACUUGCAGAGAAAUUGAUGGGCGAGGAGACCGAGACUGAUGAGAUGAAGAAUCGCGUGUCAGAUCUGGAAUAUGAGUUUCAAGAUUUAAAUGCUGAUUGCAAAAAGAAGGCAGACCUGCUCCUGACAUGGAAAGAUAAAGUGAAAGAGGUGGAAGACAUGCUAGGCAAAGAUGAAGGGACGGAUAUUCCAACCACUACCAACAAAGACAUGCUCACUUCCAGUGAAAUUGCCUGUCUGCAAAAGGAACAGGAAGAGCUCACCGAUUUAGCUGAAGAGAGGAGAAAGGAAUUAGAACUUUUGAAACAGCAACAUAUUCACACGUUGCACGAGAUUGAUAGAUUGAACAAAGAGAUUCACAACAUUCCCGAAUCCACUGUGAUGGAGACGACUGAAUAUAAAUGUUUGCAAUCAAAAUUCUCCGUUAUUUAUCACGAAUCUUUAAUGUUACGUCAGAUUAUCACAGACGUCAAAAAGAAUUUGUACUCUGUUAAUUCUGCUCAAUUGACGCAAACAAAAGAAAUGGAACAGGAGGAAGUCAACGUCCAGAAAAUAUUACAAUCCGACAUGACAUCUCUCGAAGAUAUGCUUACCCAGUUGAAGAAAGAGUACGAAAUGUUAAGACUAGAGUUUGAGAAAAAUGCAGCCGCAAAUGAACAAGUUGCUCCUGUUCAUAGGGAAAUGCGCAAUUUGAUUACAACUUUACAGCAGCAUAAUCAACAAAUUAAACUUGAAGCGCAAAGAUUUAGGACGAAAUGUACUCAGAUCGGGAAUGAUAACGCGGUUACGAAGAAACAUAAUGUUGAACUUAUUCAAAAAGUAGAGAAACUUCAUCAACAGAAGAAAGAGAUGAUUGCUGGUGGUGGAAGUAGUCAAAGCCGUCAUGUAGUUAAGCAGGAAGUCAAACAGGACGGGGGGCCAAUUUCAGCAUCUGCCGUGGCUGCGGCAGUCGCAUCUGCAACUAGUUCUGCAGUAACAGUUGAAAAACAAGAAAUUCUUCUCCAAGAUGUGAAAGAUGCUGUAAAAGAGGCUUUAAAAGUGAAACAGGAGCCCAAAGAUGAGGAGACGACUAUUUCUUCCGAAAGGACGACUUCGCCAAUUCCGGGCACCUCUGCAGCAGCACAGGAAGAACUCUUAAGAAUUAAGAGUGAACCUGGAACAUCUAAAUCGACUGCAAGUGCUGAAAUCAAAUCAGAAAUCACCCCCACGACCCCUGUCAAAACAGAGCCAUCCGCCAGCGGGAGUAAAACCCCAAAGGUUGAACCUACCACACCGACCACUCCAUCCCCUUCAGCCGCAUCUGCUGCCGUUACAUUUGCCACUCCAGCCCCACCACCAAAAAAGAUCUCAGAAGCGGAGCAAGCCCAAAUUAACGAGAAUAAAUCUCAACUCAAGAAAUGUCUUUCCGAGUCGAAAGAAAUGAAAUUGCUUCUUGACAUGUACAAAGGACAAAAUAAGGAACAGACGGACCGCGUCGACCUAAUGGUGAAUGAGAGAAAGGCGAGAAUGGAACUGGAAGAAAUGAAGCUCGAAUUUAAAAAGAUGCAAGAAAAUCAGAAGAAAGAGGAGAAGAAGAAAGUAGCCGAGGAAGAUUUGUCGGCAAAGAUGAAAGUUUUAGAGGAACGUACUUCGGCUCUAAGAAGACAGAUUGCUGCCCAGAAACAAGAAGAGGAAGCCCUCUUGAACGAGAUGGACGUCACUGGACAAGCUUUUGAAGACAUGCAGGAACAGAACUCUAGACUAAUUCAACAAUUAAGAGAGAAGGAAAAUGCUAAUUUUAAACUCAUGUCCGAUCGCAUUAAAGCCAACAGAGUCCAAGAACUCCUCAAAGAGGAGAAGGAAGCACAACAGAAAAAUAACCAAAUCCUAAUGGAACAUCUUCAACAUAAAACUACCGUGAUUCGAAAACUUGAAGAAAUCGAGCAGCAACUCGUCGGGACAAUUGCCAUCAUGGAAAAAGAAGCCAUGGUUCGUCAACAAGCAAUGGAACUCAAUAAGCGAAAAGCUAUCGAAUCUGCCCAAUCUGCCGCUGAUUUAAAGCUUCACUUGGAAAAAUACCACUCCCAAAUGAAAGAAGCACAACAGCUCGUCGCCGAAAAGACGUCAGCCCUGGCUGCAGAAGCGUUCAAGAGCAAACGCUACUCUGAAGAAUUGUCCAUCUUGAUGAGCCGACUCGAACGACUCAAGAAGAUUGAAAUGAGUGGCAACACGGAUGAAGUUGUCAUCGCAGAGAUUCAAGAGUACAAAGACAUGUUGACCUGUCCGUCUUGCAAAGUUCGUCGUAAGGAUGCCGUUCUGACAAAGUGUUUCCACGUAUUUUGUUUCGAUUGUUUGAGAACAAGGUACGAAACGAGGCAGAGGAAGUGCCCGAGAUGUAAUGCCGCUUUUGGAGCUAAUGAUUACCAUCGACUAUACUUAUCUUAAGCCAAGAUCUUACCCACUUAUGUAUAAAAUUAGAUUUUAGAUUAAUUUCGUAUAUAUGAACGUCUUGUGAUUUUUCCAAAUUUUGUUCAUGUCAUUAUGUUUCUAUUGUAGAAUGUGUGAAUGAAUGUAUGUAGAGAUAUGCAUGAGUUAAUAAAAUUGAAACGAUUUAUACUGCAAAA